AUGGGCAGACCGAUGGAGGCGAACAUUCACAAUCCUUCCGUUGGCGGCCAGGCUGCAAACACCUCCUCUGCUUCUGCUUCAAACGGCACUUCGUCGCGAGACCGCAUUCUAGCUCUCAUGAAAAGAAAAGACGCUCUGGAGGCAGAAAUAAGUGCUCUCAGCGCUGUUCUAGACACUCAUGGAGCCAAUAUGCAAACGCCUUUGACAACAUUUGAUGGAUAUCCAAGGGAUGACAUCGAUGUCGCACAAAUUAACGAUGUGAAGGCCUUGAUGAUCGAGAUUGAGAAAGCUCUUCAUGCACACCAUGCCGAACCAACUGGGACAUCCACCAGCGCGGAUUCAUCGUCGACUUCGGCUGCACCACCUACAACAGCACCCCAGACAGAGACACCAGUAAUCGAAGCGGUAUUUGCAGUUGUUGACCAGGUUUCUCCAUCGUCACCGGCAGAACAAGCUGGUGUUCAAGUGGGCGACAAGGUAAAGAGGUUUGGAUCGGUAGGAGCUUUGAACCAUGAAAAACUAGCCAAAGUUGCUGCCGAGGUUCAACAGAAUGAAAAUGUGAGACCUUCAUCCUUCCCCCAGCUGCAUGCAGCCUGCAGGCUUGUUGGGAGAGUUUUGAAACUGACGACGACGACUCAUGCGUAUUACUCAGCGAAUCAUAUCGGUUCUGGUGUGCCGUGCGAUUGGCGAUGGGGAGCAGGAUCUGGAGCUGCAGUUGACACCUCGACGAGAUUGGGGUGGUCGAGGGAUGCUGGGAUGUCACUUGCUUCCAUUAUAAUCGUGCCUCCUUGCCGCCUACCGGUCGCCUCGUUUGGAUGCAUUGGAACACCUGUUGUUUUUCUUGAUCGGACUGGCCUGGCAUGA